AUGUGGCCAGAAGUGUGGCUAUUUCUGGCCCUGCUUCGGCCGCUACGAGCCGCUUUGGACACGGCCGCAGUAAUCGCCAUUCAGAAUGAACUCAACAAACACGCCACUGAAUUGGAGAUGCUUCUCGAACACGUGAAAAAUCUGAACGCUCGAGUAAGCGAUCUCGGUCGACCGGGUCCACCAGGAGUCAACGGAUCACCAGGCUUUCCUGGAACAAAGGGCGAAAAAGGAGAACGAGGCCUUGACGGGAUUCCGGGCAAAGCAGGGAUGCAAGGUCUCCCAGGCAUGAAAGGUGAUACGGGACCAAUGGGUCCAACCGGAAUGAAAGGCGAUAAAGGAAGCACUGGCUACCCAGGACAAAAAGGAGAAAUCGGCGCCGGCGGUAUACCAGGUCUGAAAGGUGACACCGGAAUCCCAGGGAAGAUUGGUGAGCCGGGCUCCCCUGGUCUACCAGGUAAGAAAGGAGAGAAAGGUGCUGAAGGUCUACCAGGUACCAAUGGCCAACCAGGCCCACCGGGAUGGCCGGGAAUAAAGGGUGAAGACGGUCUCAACGGUCGGCCAGGAUCUCCGGGUUUCCCGGGCAAGAAAGGGGAUCCCGGUCUACCUGGGGUGCCCGGUAAUCCUGGAGUUAUUGGAGAAAGAGGUCUGGCUGGCGCACCCGGCCCACAGGGAAUGAUGGGACCUAUCGGUCCACCUGGUCAGAUAGGCCUACCAGGACCACGAGGGCCAGAGGGAAUUCCCGGUUUGCCAGGGCAAAAAGGUGAAACGGGUAAGGACGGUCUACCUGGUUUACCCGGUUGGCUUGUGAACGACAAGGGAUACUGUAUCUUGGCCUUAGGAAACUGCCCACCUUCUUUUACCCAAAUAGGAGCAUAUCAGGCUCACGUCGAUAAUUAUCGAUUUGGAGAUUAUUCGUUGGUUAAAUCGGCCGGUGUUGGUGGCAACGAGGAACAUUUUGCACUCAAAGUUCAUGCAUGUUGCCGAUGA